AAAAUAGGCAUAAAAGCUAUUUAAGAAGAUAUACACCUAAGCAGUAUCAAAAAUCUAUCAAAAUGAUACGAUUUCCGGUAAUAAUCGUUUGUCUGAUGUUGCCUCAGUACCUUGUCUCUUUACAAGGUCCUGGAUCGAGGGUUUACCACUUUAUGAAACAGCGACAAAAACUACAAAAGUGUCCUUGUAAACGUUCCUUACCAGAGGUGGAAGCUGAAAUUCCAGUAUUUGGACGGAGGGACAACCAGCACGUGUUAUGGCGAACAACUAUUCCACAAAGAAAGGUCAAGAUAGGUCAUACCUUAGGCCGCAUUCUGAAAUCAGGAUUUACAUUGGAUGACGGUAGAAAAACGAAAAACCGUCUAAAGAAAUAACAUAGACUUCAAUAAACUGUUGGACAGUUAGUAAACGGAUUUCUUUUUAAAAACAACAACAAACAAAUAAAAGAU